AUGGCUAUCAGAGGAAGCUUUGUAUCUGCCCAGGAUUCAGACGAAGGCGGAGAUGGUGAAGAAGGAAGCAGCAGUAGCGGUAGUAGUGAAAACGACGAUACUUUUGCAGAUCCUGCCGAUCUUGAGAGCGAUCCUUCUGACCCUUCUAUCCCUACCCUGGCUGUUACCACUCCCUCCGCUCCUACUCCCACACCAGAACUUGUUCCUGCCCCUCCACCCAUUGUCCUCGAACCUACACCUUCAGCUCCUAUCACCCCACCCACUACUCCUACUCCUACUACUCAGCCACCAGCACCCUUGCCCACAGUCCCUUCGGGGAUCAUCAAGGCUGGUACACCGAGUCCUGACUGUGCAGUGAUUGCAGAUCUUUACAAGGCAACGGGGCCUUGGCAGUUUGUGCCCGACACGGCCAAUUGCUGUAAUGCCGAAUACCCCAAUUCUUCGGGCAUCAAGUGUAACGCCAACAACCAAAUCAUCUACAUCUACCUCGCUGACCUGAGCCAUAACCGACUGUCAGGAAGCCUCCCUUCGGGGGCACCGGGUUGGGCCAACCUCGGGACGCUCAACCUAGAACAGAACGCAUUAACAGGCUCCCUCCCAGACUGGAUCACAACCCUCCCCAACCUCCACUCCCUAGCGAUCGGCCAAAACCUUUUCACCACCGGCGAUCCCGUCCCCGCAUUCACCUUCAACCUCGAGCCUAUCUCCAACAGUUCCCUCUUGUCCCCCACCGACACCUUGAACCUCCACCCCCCAGGCGUCCCAGCAAAUGUGACCCCCGCGAAUGUGGUGGUCCCCUCAUCCGUCUUUUUGGAAUCGUUUACCCGGCUUCCAAAACUGAAGCAGUUGAAACUAGACUCGUUGGGGAUCUCGGGUGGGUUCCCUGUAUCGUGGCAGAUGCGGAUGGUGAAUUUGACAAAGCUGGAUGUAUCGAAUAAUUCGAUGCAGGGGCAGCUGCCCGCGUUCUUGAACGGGUUUACGAACUUGAAGACGUUGUUGUUGGAUCGGAAUGAGUUUGGUGGACCUAUUCCAGCACUUGACAAACUCAAGUUCCUCUCGGUACUGGAUCUGUCAUACAACCAGCUUUCGGGUCCGCUACCCCCCUGGGGUGCAGGACUGAACUUGACAGUUCUCAACCUAUCCAACAACCUGCUCUCUGGACCCCUCCCCCUCGACAACUACCACUACUGGCGCACCUGUUCAGUCGCGAACAAUUACUUCCAGUGUAUCAAGGGGCCUGAACAGAUCCUGAGCGCGAAAUGGAAAGCCGAUUGUCGAGCCACUUGUUCAGAUGACCAGCCUCCCAUUCCCUUUGUUCGUCCGCCUAUCAACACGACGCUGACGGCGAUCAAGGUGCGACCCAACCGUAACGAUGCACUAGCGAGUGUGAUUCCUUCGAUUGCUGCUGCUGGGUGGAUCAGCCUUGGAGCUAUCAUCGUUUCUACAUUUUCUCUCUUUAUCUAG